AUGGUACAUUCUGCCCCCAUUAAACCUAACGUCAUCAUGAACGGCAGUAAGAUCUUGUACAUGGAAAUAUGCGGACUGAAAUUCGUCGACUCGUAUAAUUUCUUACCGUUUGCAUUAGCCAAGAUGCCCUCCGCUUUCGGAUUCGACGAAUUGAGGAAAGGCUAUUUCCCCCACUUUAAUACGGAACAGAACCAGAAUUACGUAGGACCUUAUCCACCGGAAGCUUUCUACAAUCCGGACGAAAUGUCUAUCAGUGGACGACGGGCAUUUUUUGAAUGGUACGAACAACAGAGGGGAAAAUUAUUUGAUUUCCAGAAAGAGUUUGUAGAGUAUUGUGUCUCGGACGUCGACAUUUUGCACCGAUGCUGUGUAAAGUUUAGAGCCACCCUUAAGACCUUAUUCAAUGUGGACCCUUUCCAGGAAUCCAUCACUUUUGCCACUGCUGCUAAUUUAGCCUCCCGUCGACAAUUCAUGCCUGAAGACACCAUUGCCAUCAUUCCUAACCUCGAGUAUCAACCGGCACGACAAUAUUCGGCUAAAGCCUGUCGGUGGCUCACCUGGAUUAGUCAACAGAGUGGAUGUCACAAACAACAUGCCAGAAACGGGGGCGAUGUCCAGAUUGCAAAUUAUACCGUCGACGUAUACCAGGAAGCGACUCGCACCGUCUACGAAUUUUACGGGUGCUAUUGGCACGGAUGCUCCACCUGCUAUCCCAGUUUACAAACCGAACCUCAUCCUCACCGGACCCAAUAUACUUGCCAGCAAUUACACGAAGAAACCCUCAGAAGGACUUUGACUUUGGAGAAAAUGGGGUAUACCGUCCUUGGUAUCUGGGAGCACGAUUUCGAUCAGCAAGUGCAAAAAGUUGCGAGUUUACAGCAUUUUGUACGAGACCUGGACAUUCCCGAUCCUUUAAACCCUCGAGAAGCCCUGUACGGAGGUCGGACAAAUGCCACUCGAUUAUAUUGUGAGGAAGGGGACAUGAGGUACAUGGACGUUUGUUCACUAUACCCUUACGUGUUGAAACACAGACCUUUUCCCUUAGGGCAUCCCGAGAUCAUCACAGACGUGUUCCAGGACUUGAGAAAUUAUUUCGGUCUCAUUCACUGUCGGGUCUUACUUCCCCGAGACCUCUAUCACCCCGUAUUACCUUAUCGGACGGGAGGCAAGUUAUUAUUUCCCUUAUGUCGCACGUGUGCCGAACGACAGGACUCUACUUUUCAAGAUCGAUGUCAACACACCGACCAGGAACGUAGUCUCACGGGUACUUAG